CUCUCUCUCUCUCUCUCUCUCCAACAAAACAACCCGAUUAAGUUUCCUAGCCAACCGUUUCACAAAGCGUACCCGUUAUAAUCUUUUCAGAGAAAGAGAUGUUUACCAGCUCUAUAAGAAUGAAAACCUAGUGCUGUUUCUGCUUUUGAAGUAUCUGUCAUUGGUCGUGUGAGUUGUCAGUCAGAUAUGGGUGGUAUUACUACGGACAGCUCCGGUAACACGGCUGUCGGGCUGUGAACUGACAUUCAACAGGCGAGAGUAAACGGAACUGGCGCACUCAAUAAUAACUGCGACUUGGAUUGUAAAAACAAAAAGUUCACCAAGCUGGGUUUUUUCUUCUUCUUCUAUUCUAACUUUUCUAUUCUAUUCGUUAACAAUCAGAAUAUCUACUUCUUAUUUUUAUUUUUAUUUUUUCAUCGUCGACUUAGAUGUUGUUGUCUCCGCCUUGAUUUGUGACUUUAUAUCAAUGUAGUGUUAUCGGACGGACCGAUAUUUUUGUUCAGGUGGUCGACCACUAACCCCCCCUUCUCGGUUGUUUACUUGCUGGCUGACUUCACAUCACCCGCUGUGUAUGAAUAACUUUCUAAUUACUAAUUCUAUGUGACAUUUGACGCUAUUCUAGCUACUACUAUGGCCGAGGCAGCCCAACAACCACAACAGGUUGAGAUCGACCCGGAUUUCGAGCCUCUCUCCCGGCCCCGUUCCUGCACGUGGCCCCUGCCGCGUCCGGAGUUCAUCACCCCGGGCGACUCCAACACCUCCUCUCCCGCCCCUUCUAUCAAACAAGAACCCAGCAGUAACUCCGAUUUCAUCUCCAGCCUCAGUUUAUUAGAAGAGACUGAAGACUACUCCGAAGAGGAUCAGAAACACACCGUCCUCUGCAAUGAUUUCCAAUGUCAGGAAAACUGCAUCCACGACCACCAUCAACAGCAUCAGCAGCAGCAGCAGCAGCAGCAGCACCCGGGGAACGGCACCCAACUCCCGCAGCAACAGGUGCUUCUGCUGUCCUCCCCGGUCGGCUCUUCAUCUUCAGUAGCGGCUGCGGCCGCUGCAGCUGCCCAGAGGAAAAGCAGUUCAUCUCGGCGUAACGCCUGGGGCAAUAUGUCUUACGCAGACCUCAUAACUAAGGCUAUUGAGAGCACCCAGGAUAAGAGGCUUACCUUGUCUCAGAUCUAUGACUGGAUGGUGAAGAACGUGCCUUAUUUCAAGGACAAGGGAGAUAGCAACAGUUCUGCUGGGUGGAAGAACUCUAUCCGGCACAACCUGUCCCUCCACAGUCGGUUCGUCCGCGUGCAGAACGAGGGGACAGGGAAGAGUUCCUGGUGGAUGCUAAACCCUGAGGGAGGGAAGACUGGGAAGUCCCCUCGACGUAGAGCAGCCUCCAUGGACAACAACAACAGCAAGUUCGCCAAGAGCAGAGGACGGGCUGCUAAGAAGAAGUUGUCUCUCCAGGGUGGUCCUGAUGGGGGAGCAGACAUCCUAGGGGGAGGCACCUACUCCAAGUGGCCCGGCAGCCCCAACUCCCACAGCAACGAUGACUUUGAUGCUUGGAGCGGUUUCCGGCCGCGCACCUCCUCCAACGCCAGCACGCUCAGCGGACGCCUCUCGCCCUUCAUGCCCGAGGACGACCUCGGAGACGGGGACGUGCACAUGGGCUACCCAGGAUCCUCUGGGGCCAAGAUGGCGAACACAUUGCCCAGCCUGUCAGAAAUGGCGAGUUCUCUAGGCCACCAUCACCACAGCUCAGAGAACGUUAUGGAGAACCUUCUGGAUAACCUGAACCUCCUCUCUCCCAAGAACACCCAGGUGGGAGGAGGAGGGGGUGUGGGUCAAGGGUCAUCCCAGAACUCCCCUUCCCCCUUAAUGCAGGCCAGCCCCGGGGUAGGGGUGGGCUACCCCUCCUACUCCUCUCCCUCCAUGGUCCCCCAGCAACAACCCCAGCAGCAGCAGGACUACCGCAAGUGUCGGUACAGCCAGGCAAGGAUGAAUGCUCUCUCCCCCAUGUCCCCCAACCCCAUGCAAACCCUGGGGGACAUCAAGUCCAGCUUCAGCCCCUCAUCUCUGGGUCAAUAUAACUGUCCUGCUGGCCUCCUCAAGGAGCUCCUGACCUCAGACUCUGACCCCCACGGGGACAUGAUGCCCUCGGUCGACACGGUGGUCUCUCAGUCUAGUGCAGGACGAAGCAGCGUACUACCUUCAUACAACACCUCUCAGCACGGAGGAGGAGGAGGAAGAGGGGGGAGUCUUCACCCCCACCCACACUCUCACCCUCACCCCCACAGCCUCCCUCAUCCCCAAACCCACCCUCACCUCCACAACCAAAGCCCACCCACUUCUGUCUCGUCCAUGAACGGCUGCAACCUGAUGUCUCUGAGCAGUUUGAGCCACAGCGGGGGAGGGGGUAACGGAACCCGCCUGGGGGUUAAGAACCCCAUGCAGGUGCCCUACGGUCUCUCUACCCAUGUAGGACCAGGGGGGAUGCCCGGUGGGUUCUGCCCCAUCAACACUAACGGAUAUGGGCGUCCCGGCCUGGGUCUUCCCCCCGCCCCCCAUCACCACCACCACCUGGAGAAACUGCCCAGCGAUCUGGACGACAUGUCCAUCGAGAGGUUCGAGUGUGAUAUGGAAUCCAUCCUUCACGACACCCUGAUGGACGGAGACUCGCUGGACUUCAACUUUGAACCCAUGGUGACCUCACAGGGGUUCACGACCCAUGGGGUCAAGACGACCACGCAUGGCUGGGUGUCGGGGUAGAGGACGGAUGGACGUGCACUCUCUUACGCACGUACACGAUGGAAGGACACAAGGCACACGUGGACUGACGGACACACACACACACACACACACUCUCUCUCUAACACACACACCCACAGUGGUGUGUUUGAAUAGAGGACGGACUCUCUCACACACAGAGGAUCCUCUCUGACCAUGUUUCCUUCCAUCUGUCCUCUUCUACAUGUUGCUUUUUAUUACAGGGUCAUAAACACUUAAAGCAUCUCAGAAUCACCAUGGAAACUAACUGGCAGAGUAUAAAAAAAAAACGCCCCCUUCACCCUAUCCCUUCCGUCCUUCUAAACGGUGCCCUAGUCAGGGAUAUGCAUCACCAUCAUCAUUGUCAUCGUUAUCAUCGCUGUCGUCCUCAUCAUCGUCAUCACAGAUAUUAUGGUCAAAAAGACUUCUCUCUGGUCGAAGCAGUCAGACAGUCAGACAGACAGUCAGUCAGUCAGACAGGACUGUGACUCACCAACCAUCCUCUACCAAUCAGAACCUUUUAGUUCAUGUAAAGAAGCCAACUUCUGAUCUGCUUUAGAUGAAAACUCUUUCUCCCUCUGAUGUAACUUCUGGUCUCAGCAGUCAGACAGACAGUCAGACAGACAGUCAGUCAGACAGACAGACAGUCACACAGUCAGACAGUCAGA